GAAGUGAAUACUGAUGCAUUGAGCAUGCAGCGCACUCCAAAGAAUUGGAGAAGCUGGGGCAAUCGCCAUGGCAGAGGUCGUGCUAUGAAUCGCAUUGGUAGGGUGUCAUACCCAGGAGCCAUUGGAGCUGAAGUGUCUCGAGGAGUUUCCAACCGACCAAGAGGUGAAAAUAGCGAAGAUAUGUCUUGGCCUAGGCGUAGAGGUGGGAGAGGAGGAGACAGGCGACCCCCUGGGUUGCGAGGGAGAGAUAUUGGUCUCUGGUAUGCAAGAAAAUCGAAAGAAGAAAGGAAACAGAGUGAAUAUGAACAGUUUCCUCAUCUCCAGAGAUGAGGAAACUGAAGGGAAAACAACCCUAUGGAUGCAUACUGUGUCAUUGGGCAAGCAUAAGGAGUAUGAAAUCAGACAACUGCUGGACAACAUCAGAACACAGGAGUUCUUAGCAUCUGAAGACUUCAGAAAGCCGUCUCGAGCUCCAGGACCUGGAAAGUUGUCUGGAAGUCCAGGGCAUGGCUCAAUUAAGCUAUCUUCUAGCAAGAUAGCAAUGGAAAGAAGACCCUUAUCUCCAUCUUCAGAGCAAGUGGUUGGUUCUUCAUAUGGUGGGCAUGUGAAAGAUGUGGCUCCACAGUCCACAAGCCUAAAGUCAGAAAUAAUGGAGGACUCAUGGUGGGGUAGUGAAGAAGAGAAUGAAAGAGGUGGGAUUGUGAAAGGAGAGGCAGAACAGUUGCCAAAUAGCAGUUUAGAAGAUGUAGAUGCAAAGCAGGACCCUUGCUGUGCCACCAAAGAAGGCAUUGUGAAAAGUGAAGAACAGGACAACAGUGAAGAAUUAGUUCCAGAUGAUAUCCUCCCAUUUUUCAUAGACAAUACUCCUAUGUUUGAAGAACAGGAGUUGAUGUUUGAUGAUGUGGUUGAGUCCAAGCCUGGUGUUCAUGAGAAAUUUUCUGAGAAACUUCGUCACAUAGGGGAUAGUGAUUUCAAAUCUCAGUAUCUUCACAACCUCAAAGCCAAUGCUCUUUCUGACUACCUCAGGACAUGUGCCACUGCUCGAUGUGACUUAGUGGCCAAUUCAUGUUUAGAUAAUCAGUUUAAAGAAGAACUUGAGGCCAAGCAAUCCAAUGGUAGAUAUCUUGAGCUUCAUAAAUUUCGCCAAAAACUACCUUCUUAUAAGAUGAGACAUAAGAUUCUUGAGUUGGUCAGUGAGUCCCAGGUGGUUGUGCUAAGUGGAGAAACAGGCUGUGGGAAGACAACUCAAGUGGCCCAGUUCAUUCUUGAUGAUUGGAUUUUGCAAGGCAAGGGAUCUGUAUGCCAUAUCAUCUGUACUCAGCCUCGCAGAAUUAGUGCCAUCUCAGUUGCAGAACGAGUGGCUCAAGAGAGGGCUGAAAAGUGUGGUCACUCAGUUGGAUAUCAGAUUCGAUUAGACGAUGUACGUCCACGGACAGUGGGGAGCAUCCUCUACUGCACAACUGGUAUCUUGUUGAAGUUCCUCCAGUCAGACCCUUUGCUCAAGAAAGCAUCUCAUGUGGUACUGGAUGAGAUUCAUGAAAGGGAUAUCCUCUCAGACUUCACCAUGGCUAUCAUGAAGGAUGUCCUCACUCAUAGACCAGAUCUGAAGCUGGUGCUAAUGAGUGCAACAAUGAAUGCAGGACUGUUCACCAAGUACUAUAAUAACUGUCCCUUGAUACACAUCCCAGGUUUCACCUUCCCUGUUGAAGAACUUUACUUGGAGGAUGUGCUCCAGUUGACUGGGUUCAGGUUCUUCUUUCAAAGGUUCAAAAUGGAGUCCAAGAGCAAAAACUAUGGCUCCCAUUACAUCCCCAGGAAGAAGCAAAAGCAGUUGCAACAAUAUCAAGAUAGUAUUGGGCCAUUCAUCAGGGACCUAAGGGCCUCAGGAAAAUAUAAGUCACAUGUGCUGAAGAGCAUUGCAGACCCAUCUUCAGAGGGAGAUGAAAAUCUGGAACUCAUAGCUUCACUGGUAGAACACAUAUGUCAACACGAACCUCCUGGUGCUGUCUUGAUCUUCUUGCCUGGGUGGGACCGUAUCUCCAAGCUUCAUAAAAUCCUCUCUUCCAAUAGCUUCUUUCGAAGGAAGCAUCUCAUCAUUCCCUUGCAUUCCAUGAUGCCAACAGUGAACCAAAGAGAAGUCUUCAACAGACCUCCCCCUGGGGUGAGGAAGAUUGUGAUUGCAACCAAUAUUGCUGAGACAAGCAUUACAAUAGACGAUGUUGUGUAUGUGAUUGACGGUGGAAAAAUCAAGAUGAGGAAUUUUGACGAGGGAAGUAACUUGCAGACACUUUUGCCCGAAUGGGUGAGCCUUGCCAAUGCGAAGCAACGCAAGGGCCGUGCUGGGAGAGUCCAGCCAGGGAUAUGCUACCAUCUGUACACUCGAUGGCGGGAAUCUCUCCUGGAUGCUUUCCCCACUCCAGAAAUCCAGCGCACUCGCCUUGAAGAACUUUGUCUUCAGAUCAAGAUUCUGAAGUUGGGAAAGAUAGAGCCAUUCCUUGAGAAAGUCAUUGAGCCACCAUCCAAAUCUGCUCUCCAUCUCUCAAUCCAAAUUCUGCAUCGCCUGAAUGCUCUGGAUUGGGAGGAGAACCUCACCCCCCUUGGUUUCCAUUUGGCCAAACUCCCAAUGGAUCCUCAGACAGGGAAGAUGAUCCUCAUGGGUGCAAUAUUUUCCUGCCUUGAUCCCAUCCUCACUGUAGCUGCUGCUCUCAGCUUCAAGGAUCCAUUCGUCAUUCCUCUGGGUCAAGAAGAGGUUGCAGACCGUCGGAGACAAGAGCUGGCUGGAGGAGAAGAAUCAGAUCAUCUUAUGCUGGCAAAUGUUUUUAACAAGUGGGAAGAAGUCAGGCAGGCUGGCCGAAGUGCUGAAGAUCGUUUUCUCUGGCAUUACUUCCUUUCUCGUAACACCCUUGAGAUGUUACGCACCAUGAAGAGGCAGCUAACAGAGCAUUUGAUGGAACUGGGCUUUGUUACUUCAAGUGCCUACAACAGUCUGGAAGUGAAUCAGAACUCCAAGAAUCCUUCUUUGCUGAAGGCCAUUAUCUGUGCUGGACUGUAUCCAAAUGUGGCCAAGAUUUUCGUGAAGAAGAACCGGGUGACCUUAUACACCCCAGAGGAUGGGCAAAAGGUUCAGUUUCAUCUGAAAUCAGUUCUUGUGGAUCGUCGAGACUUCUCCAGCCAGUGGCUGGUAUACAAGUUGAAGCAGAAGAGUUCAGCAGUAUUUCUCUUUGAUGCUACAGUCGUUUCUCCCUUUUCUCUUCUCUUCUUUGGGGAACGCAUUGGAAUCGAAAAGCACAGUCGUGGAGAUGGCCUCAUCUCGGCCGAUCCCUUUGUGCAUUUCAAAUGCUCUCAGUCUGAUGCCAUCUUGGUUAAGGUUCAUAUCUCUCAUCUUGCUUCCAAUCUGAUUAGUUGCCUUGUUUAUUUGAUACUAACCUUCUGUUGUAUGCAGCAAUUGAGAGGAGAGCUGGACAAGUUGCUUGAGUACAAGAUUUCCCAUCCUGGUGUGACCCAGUGGGACCCUGAGACCAAAGAAGGGGCCAUUCUUCGGGCAAUUGUGGAGUUGAUCACAACCAACAUGAAAAUGCCAGCCGGGAGUCUGUCUCGAUCAUCAUCUCAAGAUUUCUCUGAUGACCUCUCCUCAUGAUUUCUGUGAUCUUUCUUUUAUAGGUAUCAAGAUCUCCCUCAUUUCAAGGCAUAUUAAUUUAUUUAUCAAGUUCUUGAAUUGGACCAGGGAGUACUGAGUGAAAUUUGUUUGCAUUUACUAAUGUGGUGCACAAGGAAAAAAAGAAUAAAUUGAAUGCUGACCUGUAACACA